AGUCAGACAGACACAGAAGAACAAGACUUGGGUAGUGUCAGACACAAGGUGGUCUCGUUAAGUCAACUCAAGUCAAGGCCUUUGACUGAAGUUACCGUACACCGAUUGAGGACUAUUGAGCUCUGAGGGAUCUUCAGCGUGACGUUGAGGGCCAUGGAUGUGUUAUCAAGGGCUGUGAUGUGUUUCUGCUUGAUGGGCUGGAUGACUUUAGGAUGGAGUAAUGCUGCUCAGUACACAUCAAUUAACAUGAAGAGCAACAUAGACAAACUGAAAGUCCACUAUAAGAUCUCCAAGGACCAGCUGUUCAACGGAAACCCUGUUUUCCCCAAGGACACGUUUGAGGACAGUGAGCAGAGGGUGUUGAUGAGUGUGGUUCUGGAUGUGUAUCUGAGUAUCUUCAGCCAGAUGCUGAACCAGACGGAGGACCAGGAAGUGAGGGAGAGGCUGGACCAGGUCAAGGGGAAGGUUCAGGAGACCCAGAAACACUAUUUCCUGGGGAGGAUACCUGAGCUGAGGACACACCUGCAGAACCUGUGGGCCAUCAAGACCAGUGACACCACAGUCCAGGGGAAGGCUCUGUCCGAGUUCAUUACCAUCUACGAGAAAGCCUCCAAACUGGCCCAUAAGUUCCAUCUAAAGAAGGACAACCGCAGGAAGAGACGGCAAGCCCAGAGGCUCAAAUCACACAUCAUGUAGAUGACCAAUCGUGUCUACUGUGAAGGCUAGGUGUAGGGUGAAGAUACACCUGGAAGCUGACCUUGGGUCAGUUUAGCAUUUCCCACUCUAAAAGUGAAGGUUAGGAUUGGGGGAGGGAGCUGAUCCUAGAUCUGUACCUAGGGGAACCCCCCCCAAAGCCACAGUUGAGAUACAUAUUGAAGCUACAUAUUACCUUGAUA